AUGUCAUCAUCGCAAAGGGACCUACAGGGGUCAAAACCCGAACAGAAACCACUUUUACCGAAUAGUGAAAGUCGAGAAAGUUCACAGAAUAAAACUAACACUAAUGCUUCUAAAUAUAUUCCUAAUACUAGCGUGCCGCCAAUGGGAGCCAGUAAUGGCAACAGGAGUACUACUAAUAAUGACCAUGAUGACGACGAUGAUGAUGACGACGAUGACGACGAUGAUGAUGAUAUGAUAAAUAGAGAACGUGUGACUUCUUCAAGAUACCAGAAGGGACAUGUAAAGGGGAAAGUUGGACCACAGCGUACUUCUCGUACAGCUCAAAAGUUGAAACUUUUACCAGAGGAACCAUUCCAAAGGAAGAGUCUAAAGAAAAAGGGUGAUAACAAAACUCAAGAUAAAACGAGUCCCACAGAAGGGAAUGCUUACCAGAUAUAUACGGAACGGAAUACUCAGGAGAGGGAAGAUGAAGACGGCGAUGACGAUGAUCACAAUGAUAGAGAUGUAUAUUCACAAGUCGAUCGUAUUAAGGAUAAAUCUGCCAGAAGAGAUGCCGAAAUGUUGGGAAAGAAACACAGAAAACUAUUACCUAGAUGUACUGCAUAUAGUUCCGCAAGUAGUUAUAACAUGCGCGAAUUGAUGUAUUGGCUAAAGGAUACAAAGAAAAUACAUCACACCCAUCCAAAACUAUUUGAUGAAUGUCUAUAUACGCCGUUUAUGUAUACCGACUGGCGUGGAGAUAAACGAUUUCAGCAUGAAGAUCUCAUUAGAAUAGAUGAUGAAGGUGGUGAAAUCAAUGUUAGUGAUAAGCAACCAGAUUUAUUUAUAUUUGAAUAUGGUGUCGUUGUAAUGUGGGGUUUUACUGAAACUGAAGAGAAAUCAUUCUUAAUGGAUAUUGAAAGAUUUGAAAAAGAAAAACUUGCUGAGGAAGAUGUACAAAUUGAAGAAUUUAAUUAUUAUGUUACACAAAGUUAUCAACCAAGAAUAUAUAAUGAUUUUAUCACCUUAAGGGAUGGUUCAAAUUAUAUGGUUAAACUGUCUAUAUCGCAUGCGAUUGCGCAAAGUGUCAAAAUAUCAUUAUUUGAAGAAUUGGUUGAAAACACCAUUGAUGAUACUCAAGAUAUUCCACAAGAGAUUGCUUCUAGUGGUAAAGUUUCGAUGUCAAAGGAGGAUAUAAUGAAAAGUAUUGGUGAAUUGUUCAUUUUAAGAAUUAACAUUAACUUACAUGGAUCUGUUCUUGAUUCACCCGAGAUUAUGUGGUCAGAACCACAAUUGGAGCCUAUCUAUCAAGCUACACGUGGUUACUUAGAGAUCAAUCAAAGAGUGGCUCUUUUGAAUCAAAGAUUAGAAGUCAUAUCGGAUUUAUUACAAAUGUUGAAAGAGCAACUGGGUCAUUCUCAUGAAGAGUACUUAGAGUUUAUUGUUAUUGUAUUGGUUGGUGUAGAAGUACUAAUAUCUGGUAUAAAUAUUGCGGUUGAUAUGAUAGCUGGUAGAUAA